AUGUUCUCAAUAUUACUUCAAAUUAUAUUAUGUUUGUGUCCGAUUUUGAUCGACUGUAAUACAAGUUCAACGUUUCCACCAUUAUUUGAAUCAUUGGUUUCGUACUUAGAAGAGACUUUAGAAUGGGAGUCAAAAGAAAGUACCAUCAGGACAAACGUUCUUCCAGAAUACGACUUUAUUGUGGUUGGAGCUGGAAGCGCGGGAUCGGUGGUAGCUAGCAGAUUAUCCGAGAUCGAUAAUUGGCAGGUAUUGCUAAUCGAAGCUGGAGAAAAGGCUUUACAUAUUAUGGAUAUACCGUUAUUAGCUCCAUAUUUUCAAGAAUCGUCAAUCAACUGGAAAUACAGAACAGUGCCAAACAAUAAUUCGUGCUUAGGUUAUGAAGGUAAACGGUGUAAAUUCCCGAGAGGAAAAGUUAUGGGCGGAAGCAGUGUAUUGAACUAUAUGAUAUAUACACGUGGUAAUAAAAAAGAUUACGACAAUUGGGCAAAAAUGGGUAACACAGGGUGGAGCUAUGAUGAAGUUCUUAAGUAUUUCAUUAAAUCAGAAAAUGCAAACUUAUCACAUUCUGAUAUGGAUUAUCACGGAAAACAUGGGUUACUGUCAGUGACUGACAUUCCAUACCGAACGCCUAUAGCAAGAGCUUUUGUGGACGCAGGAUCAAAAAUUGGACUACCUGUAAUUGAUGUUAAUGGCAAAAAUCAAAUUGGAAUUAAUUAUAUACAGGCUACUAUGAAAGGCGGUCGUCGUUGCAGUACAAAUACAGCUUUUCUUUUCCCGGCCAAAGGUAGAUCAAAUUUACACGUAAAAAAAAGAAGCAUGGUAACACGAAUACUAAUAAAUAACGUAACAAAAAAAGCCAUAGGGGUGGAAUUUGUUUCUAAUCGAAAAAUAUAUAAAGUAUUCGUACGGAAAGAGGUAAUUAUUUCCGGGGGUACUAUAAAUUCUCCACAGUUAUUGAUGUUAUCAGGGAUCGGCCCAAAAGAACAUUUAGAACAUCAUAAAAUCUCAUUAGUGGAAAAUUUACCAGUCGGUGAAAAUUUAAUGGAUCACGUGGCAUUGGGAAGUUUAUCUAUUACAAUUAAUGAAUCAAUUUCAUUGUCGACAGAUAGAAUUAUAAAUAAUCCUAAUAACAUAAACGAUUAUUUAGUACAUUAUAAUGGUCCUUUUACAAUACCAGGGGGCGCAGAAGCCUUAGCUUUUAUUGAUUCAAACCAAAAUUCUUCUACAGACGGAUAUCCAGAUCUAGAAUUGUUACUAACAUCAGGAAAAUAUUCAUCUUCUGAAAUUUUGUACAAAGUAUUUGGUUUUAAUACAGAUAUUUAUAACAAAGUUUAUAAGCCCACCGAAAAAAUGGAUGGAUUUGUGAUAUUUCCAAUGAUUAUGCGACCAAAAAGUAAAGGUCGUAUAUGGCUGCGAGAUGCAAACCCAUUUCACUACCCAUUAAUUGAUCCAAAUUACUUUGCUAAUGAAAAAGAUUUGGACGUAGCUGUUGCCGGAGUAAGAAUUGUUCAAAAAAUGCUAAAAACUGACGCGAUGCAGAAACUCGACGCUAAAAUACUCAGUACUCCACUACCUGGAUGUGUUCAACACACGUUUGAUUCCGACGAGUAUUGGAAAUGUACUGCUCGCUACAUAACUUUUACUAUUUAUCAUUUGUCAGGUACAUGCAAAAUGGGACCAAAAGAAGAUCGUUCAACAGUGGUGGAUCCAAGACUACGAGUACAUGGAAUAAAUAAUUUAAGGGUUAUUGAUGCAUCAGUUAUACCGGAAAUUCCAGUAGCACAUACCAAUGGUCCAACGAUUAUGAUAGGAGAAAAAGGUGCUGACAUGAUUAAGGAAGAUUGGGGCAUUAAAAUAAUUUAAUGAUAUAAUUUAUAACUUAUAAAAUAUAAUACUUAACACAGAUUCAA